AGAAGCAGAGAAUGAGCAGCAUACACACAGCUAGAGGCUGAAAAAACAUGUCAAGACACGGGACGGACCCACACAUUGCUUCCAGGACAGUGAGGAACCAGCAGGAUGAGGACGGCAGCAAAGAGUGAAGACAUCGGAGCGGGACAGGCUGAGGGGAGGGUGAUGAAGACGGAGAGACAGACUCACACAGACUGAGCUGCAGUUUCCCCACCUGUCAGAGAAGUUUGAAUGAGUGCCGCUCUCAUGGCGGGACCGACCCCCCAGGAGCCCUUAAAGACCCAGCAGAAGUGCAUUGCCAUCUUUGCUCUCCUUUGCUGCUUCGCUGUGCUGGUGGUGCUAAUCUUCUCAUCGGUGGACAUUUGGGGGGACGAUGAGGACGGUAUCACAGAGGAAAACUGCAGCCGUGACUGCCGGAUCGUGCUUGUGGAAAAUAUUCCGGACGACCUCUCUCUCCCCUUGGAUGGCGGACCCCACCUCCCUCUCUCUGUUGGCUUUCAUACUUUGUUGGACCAGGCGAAGCACUCAGUUGAGGUGGUGUCUCCGGUCUGGGCCUUAAACCCCUGGGACCUGGAAACAACGCCAAGCAAUGGCAAACAGGGUCAGCUGCUGUUCCAGAGACUGCUCAGCCUGAAAUCUCAUGGGGUAAAACUGAAGAUUGCCAGCAGUCUGACUAACUCUGCUGAACUGAAGACCUUGGCAGCACACAAUGCAGAGGUUCAUUUUGUGAACAUGACUGCUUUUACCAGAGGAAGACUCCAUUCGUCAUUCUGGAUAGUGGAUCGGAAGCACAUUUACAUCGGGAGCGCCGAUAUGGAUUGGAGGUCACUCUCCAAGAGGAAAGAACUGGGGGUGGUGGUGUAUAACUGCAGCUGUCUGGCUCUGGACCUCCACCGAGUCUUUUCCUUUUACUGGCAGCUCCACGAGAGGGACUACAUCCCCUCCAUCUGGUCGAAGAGAGUUACAGCCAUCUACGGGAGGCAUGACGCCCUGGAGCUACAACUCAACGCCACUGAGGCUGCUGCUUAUGUGUCUACCUCGCCUGAACUCUUCUGUGCUAAAGAUCGCACCAGGGAUGUAGACGCCAUCCAUCAAGUCAUCCAAAAUGCAAAGACAUUUAUCUUCAUAUCUGUGACGGACUACCUCCCUCUUGUGAGCAGGAGUUUCAGAGGAACCUCAAUCACGAGGUACGUCAGAAUUCCUAAAAGGUACUGGUCGUCUAUUGAUGAGGUCAUCAGAGAAGCCGUAGUACUUAGAGGAGUCAGAGUUCGCCUGCUGAUAAGCUUCUGGAAGAAGACUCAUCCGCUCACCUUUAACUUUGUCAGCUCCCUCAAGUCGCUAUGCAUGCAGCUGCAAAACUGUUCAUUAGAGGUGCGUUUUUUUAGUAACAAAGAGCAAGAGGACGAUAUUCAACAUGGACUCAACCACAACAAAUACAUGGUGACAGACAAUGCUGUAUACAUUGGUAACCAUGACUGGGUUGGGAGUGACCUCGCCAUUAACACAGGAGUUGGGCUGGUUGUCAAGAUGAAAAAUAGUCUUGAAGACAGAGGAGCGACAAUCCUAGAACAACUCAAGGCUGCUUUUGAGAGAGACUGGAAGUCCCGAUAUGCUAAGAACCUACAAGGAAACAAAGACCAACAGGGCAAAUACAGAAACAUCAAACAAGGGGAAAUGCAUAUGGAGUCUAAGGAGGAAAACAAUUGGAACAACCCUUUAUCUUUAUAAGCGCAGAAUGUCUUUCUGUAUCCUUAAAAGUCUUAAGGCUGAAUACUCUAAAAACAUAUACACAAUUAGAGAAAGUGAGUUACAUUCUUAGACUUGACUUGAGUUUACAACUGUAUUUUGAUAAUAGAAAGUACAGUAGAUAAUGGAAGUACUGAGAGGCAACUAUAUAACUAAAUUCUGAUAGUAAAUCAAUAAUAUAUGUUUUUCUCUCCUUGGCAUGCCAUUGGCAAUUGCAUUUUAUCUGCAGUGUUUCUUGUAAUACUCAUUUUAGCCACGAGAGGCCACUAUGCACCACUAGCCCAUAUUUAAAAUAUGUCUAAAAUAAUUGAUAGCAUUUAAUUUUAUCCAAAACAUAUACAGAAGGGAAAUGUAAUAUAAUGUAUUGGUUUGCCUACACACAAUAUAUGUGCCUUGAGUGCGUGGAGAACAAUAUGCUCACUGCGAAAAUAAUUAAUGCUUUUCCCUAUGAAAAAGAAACCAAAAUGUCACCUGGCAAAACUUUUUUUACUUGAAAAAAAUAACUUGAUAUGAUGUUUUCUCCUCCUGCCACAAACAAUAUUGAAAACAAUAAAUAUUGAACUUCAUCACUAGAUUUUUCUUUUUCUCAUACGCCUCUCAGGGCUUCCGUAGUCCCUCAAGACAAUGUUGAGGUUAUAAUUUGACUCACUACUAGUUACAGAAAUAAUAUCUAUCUAGUUGACUGUUAUAUGAGCAUGACAUGCUGCAUGGAUAUUAAAAGCAAUAUUUCAAAUUCAAACAAUUUACUACUACAAACAAUAUGCUGAUUAUAAAAUCAAUAUGCUCAGUGUUAAACAUAUUUUCAAAUCAAAAAACAUAUCCCAUAAACCUCAUCGAAACAAAUCACAUUUAGUAGUUAAUGAUGAUGCAUUAUUUUUUGUUGAUUUUCGUUUUUAUUUGUAUUUUAUACACUUUUUAAUAAUUUAAUGCUGUAUUACCAUCAAUUGUAGAAAAUCUUGAAUGUAUACAUAUAUGCAGUAGAUUUA